GAUUCCACAAGCUACGUAAUGGCAGCGACUACAGAUCCAUCUUGGAGCUGUUUGCAAUUGCAAUUAUAGGUUAUGUUCAAAAAUGACGAUUUUAUAAAUCCUUUGCUACGUCUUUGAAAGGUGGUAAUGCAGUUACUUUUGCGUUGUUUAAGUGUACAAAACGAUUGAAUUAAUUUGAAUUCAGCUUGAAAUUAUGUCAUGUACUGUAUAUAGUGUAAAUUUGCCCACGUUCUAACCGGUCGGUCGGUCUAAGAAAGGAAACAGUGGUUCCUAUAAAUCUAGUAUUUGUAUCAAAUAUUUUGCGAAAAUGGAAGAUCAAGCUUGUCCACGAUGCAAAACUACCAAAUAUCGAAAUCCAUCAUUAAAAAUGAUGGUAAACGUUUGUGGGCAUACAUUAUGUGAAAGUUGUGUUGACUUGUUGUUUCUUAAAGGUUCAGGAUCUUGCCCAGAAUGUAAAAUUCCUUUGAGAAGGGCUAAUUUUCGUAUACAGUUGUUUGAGGAUCCAAUGGUAGAGAAGGAUAUAAACAUAAGAAAGAAAGUACUUAAAGAUUUCAAUAAAAAGGAGGAGGAUUUUGCAACACUGAGAGAAUAUAAUGAUUAUCUAGAGGAAGUUGAAACAAUAAUAUAUAAUUUAGUUAACAACAUUGAUGUAGUAGAAACAAAUAAGAAGAUAGAACAAUAUAAAAAGGACAACAAAGAACAAAUAACAAAGAAUAAAUCUAAACUUAGCAGGAGUGAAUAUGAAUUGGAAGAGAUGAUAGAACUAGAGAAACAGAAAGAAGAAGAGAGAAGGUUGGAAAUAGUCAAGGAAGAAAUGGAAGCUAAAAAGAAGAAGGUUCGUGAAAAAGAAGCACUGAUAGAUGAGCUCACAUUUUCUGAAGGAGAUGCUAAGAAUAUUGUAGAAACGCAUGUCUCUGCUAUGCAAGCAUUUAAAAAGGAAGUAAAGGCAGUACUACCUAAAGCUACUCAGUUUAGCACUGGAAUCAAAUUUGGAAGCCAAGGAAGUCAAAAUUAUAUGCCUAUGCCAAAAAUUGAAGAAGGACCCUUGUAUUCUUACAAUCCAAUUCAAGAUACAACAGAUGGCCCCAUACCACCUGGUUGGAGAGAAUUACAAGCUCGUGGUUAUGUCUCUAACGUACGUGGAGAAUCUUCGUCGGAAAGGGCAGGAGGAUUCAAGGCACAUGUUGCAUGUUUAAGAGCUUUACAGGAAGCUAUGGCUGGUUUAUAUUAUAAUCCCUCACAAUGCCAAACAGAAUUUACAAACGUAUGACAACAUAGACUGUUUAAUUAUUGAAAUAUCUUUAACUUUGUAUAUAAUAAUAGCACUCAAUGGUCAAUUUAUUAAAUUACCACAUACAGCA